AUGAUUCCAUUAGGAAAAGGAUUCUUUAUUUUCAAAUUGGACAACAAAGAGGAUAAGAAUAUGAUUCAAGCUGGAAGAUGGGAAGUUUAUAAUCAGGUAUUAUGGUACAGAAAUUGGAUUCCUAAUUUUCGUCCUGAAAAUCAUAGAACAUCAUUAGCAUUAAUUUGGGUUCAUCUUCCAGGUCUCAGUUUGGAAUACUGGGAUGAGAAAACCUUAUUUACUAUCUGCAGAGCUUCGGGAGAUCCUGUUAAAGUUGGUGAAGCAACUUUGAAGUUUGAGAGUGGUUAUUAUGCAAGAAUUCUUGUUAACAUAGAUUUUGCGAAGAAAAUUCCUAGUAAACUAUGGAUUAAAACAAAGUAUAGGGGUUUUAUGCAGAAUGUUAUACUCACUAAGCCACCAAAAUUCUGUGACAAAUGGAAAAUUAUUGGUCAUGUUCUCACAGAAUGUAGGUUUCAAGAAGCUUCUAAUGAAAUUAAGACAUCACAAGCUGUAACUCCAAUUAAUACAAUUCAUAAAUCAAACAGUAUUAGAGACCCUUUUGACGUUUUUCAAACUCCAAUUAAUACAAUUCAUACUUCAACAUCUUUUAUUCAGCAGGAAGCAACUGAUGAAGAAAAUGAUAAGAAUAUGCAUGAAGAAACUGUUGUUUCAGAAAAAAUUCUUCAAGUAGUCGAAGACAAUACAUUAGAACACAACGUGGUUAAAUAUGUUAAUGGCAAAGAUGGAUCUAUCUCAGAGGAGCAAAUACCUUCAACUUCUUGGUCUAGAGUAAUUCAAAAACCAGCAGCAAAGCAAGUACCUCCUUCUAGGGAUCAACAAAAUCAUGUAAUAAACAAAGUAACAUCUCAGCCAGUUCCUGGUAAAUACAAUUUUAGGAAAAAUAAUGCAAAAGGAGUUUUUAUAGCUGAACCCAAAGUAGUUUGCAGUGCUUCCUUCUGUAGUAAACUUAAUUUUCCUAGAAUGGAAAAUAAAGUGAUUCACAAUUCAUUUUCUAAUAAAAAAGGGAAUAUUUGGUUAUUUUGGAACACAACUUUACCAGAACCAAGAGUAGUUUCCCUGUCUAGCCAAAUGAUCACAGUGGAAAUAGGUGGAGCUCUAGUAUCUGGAAUUCAUGCUCAUGUAGGGGUUAUUCAAAGAAGAUUUCUAUGGGCUGAGAUGGAAAGUAUUAGUGAGAUGAAUAAACCUUGGCUUGCUAUUGGUGAUUUUAAUUCUAUUGUCUCUCAAGAUGAAAAAAUUGGUGGUAAGGCAGAAAAUAGAAGAGCAAUGCAAGAAUUUAAUAAUUGUCUUAAUAACUGCGAUUUGAUACAAGCUCCUAAAUCAGGUUUAUUGCAUUCUUGGUCCAAUUGUCAACAUGGGGAUAGGAGAAUUCUGUGUAAUCUGGACAGAGCUGUUUAUAAUCAUAAGUGGUUCCAAAUGCAUGAGAAUUGGAGUCACAAAGUGGGUUUGAGGAUUGCUUCUGAUCAUAGUACCUUGUUAGGUGGUGGUGCAAUUAUCCCUAAACCUUCAAAUGCACCCUUCAAGUUUCAGAAAAUGUGGUUAACUCAUCCAGUUUUUGGUAAUAUCCAUGUUAAAAUCAAAGAAGCUGAAGAAGAAGUUCAGAAAGCAAUGGUCAUAUCAGAUCAGAAUCCUCAUGAUAUUGAAGCUCUAGAUAAUCUUGUUGCUGCUGAAAAUGAUUACAAUAAAACUCUUAUGCAACAGUUCAAGCAAAAAUUUCAAGUUCAAGAAUCUGAAGAUACUGAGUCUUUACUGGAAGUAAUUCCAAAAGUAAUUACAGAUGAGGAUCAACAAAUGCUGGAUGCUUUACCUGAAGCAUAG